AAGAAGACUCAAAUAAAAUAUACUAUACUAUACUUAAGUUUAAGAAUAUAAUAAAAAAAACAUAUUUUUUAAGUAAAAAAUUUUACAAACCCCUUGAUAAUAAAUGAAAAUAUUAAUGAAAACAUCAUAGCUGCCGGUUCACAUAAAUCACUCCAACUAACAAUGUUGUUACAGUGUCUGAAAUGUGCACGUCUUACGAAAUCACCAUCACCCAACGUCUUUUGGACUUUUAGAAACUUUACUACCGGUCGACAGAAUUUAUCUCACCGAUUGUUGCAGAAUGGUAUGCCAAAGUCUCAAGGACAGUUGUUGCAAUCCAGGAAUCGUCAAGCUAAUUCAUGGAUAUCACGGCGGCUGAAAAAUGUUGAAGCUGCCGGAAAGGGUAAAGCGCCAAAGGUCAAAAUUAAGAAAAGCGAUGUUGCAAGACUAAUGGGCUUGGCUAAGUCUGAAAAACUGGUAUUGGCUGCUGCCAUUGGCUGUUUGGUUAUUUCCUCCUCCAUAACAAUGAGUGUUCCGUUUGUUCUUGGGAAAAUUCUGGAUAUCAUAUUUGACAAAGAUAGCGAAAAAGCUGGCCAAGCACUGGACCGAUUAAAACAUUUUUCUUUGAUACUAUGCGGCGUUUUUUUAAUUGGAGGUUUGGCAAAUUUUGGUCGCAUUUACUUUUUCAAUAGUGCAUCUUUGCGGAUUGUUCGCGACCUACGAUCAAAACUAUAUAGACGGAUGUUAAAUCAAGAAGUCGGUUGGUUUGAUCAAAAAGGCACUGGCGAACUAGUAAAUCGUUUGGCAACAGAUACUUAUUUAGUCGGAAAUUCACUGAGCCAAAACUUAUCAGAUGGUUUACGAUCGACGGUCAUGGUGUUAGCAGGUACAGGAAUGAUGAUAUACACAUCACCUCAGUUGGCCCUCAUCAGUACAUGUGUGGUGCCAUGCGUUGCAGGGAUAGCUAUUGUCUAUGGCCGUUAUGUCCGCAAAAUAACACGUAGUCUUUUAGACAAGUUGGCCGAUAUUUCCAAGUCUGCAGAAGAACGUUUGGGAAAUGUGAAAACUGUAAAAACCUUCAAGAGAAAUGAAGAGUGUAAAACAUACGAUAAUUUGCUGGGAGAAGCUUUACAACUGGGUUAUAAAGAAACUCUUGCUCGAGCAAUGUUUUUUGGAACGACUGGCAUGUCAGGCAACAUCAUUAUAAUAUCAGUUUUGUAUUAUGGUGGCAAUUUGGUAAUUCAAGACGCUCUAUCUAUUGGUGCUCUGACGUCGUUUAUUUUAUACGCUGGAUAUUCGGCAAUAUCACUAAACGGACUUUCCAAUUUUUACACCGAGCUUAACAAAGGAGUGGGUUCAGCACAAAGAAUAUGGGAAAUUUUAGACCGCAAAUGUCUGAUACCAACAAAUGCUGGUAUGAUACCAGAGAUAAAGCCGCGUGGAGAAGUUAUUUUCGAAGGUGUUAAUUUCAAUUUUCCCGCCAGACCGGAUUCCGUAGUUUUAAAUGAUUUUAGUUUAGUUUUAAGACAUGGGCAAACAACUGCUCUUGUUGGACGUAGCGGUUCAGGAAAAAGUACAAUAGCAUCAUUGUUACUAAGAUUGUACGAUCCAUUAAAGGGUCGCAUUUUAUUAGAUAAUCUCGAUUUAAGAGAUGUAAGUCCGGUAUGGUUAAGAAAACACAUUGGAGCUGUAAGUCAGGAACCUGUCCUCUUCUCUGGGACAAUACGCGAAAAUAUACUAUAUGGACUCAAUCCAGGAGAUACAAUAAAAGAAUCUGACUUCGAAGAUAUUGUACGAAAAGCUCAUGUUGACGAAUUCGCGGAACAAUUACCCAAUGGUCUGGAUACUUUAGUGGGCCAGAGAGGCAUGAUGUUGAGUGGGGGACAGAAACAAAGGGUCGCAAUCGCAAGAGCAUUAAUCAAAAAUCCUACCAUUUUAAUAUUAGAUGAAGCAACAAGUGCGUUGGACUCCGUCUCGGAAGAAUUAGUUCAAAAUGCUUUGGAGGAAUUGGCGAAGGGAAGAACUUGUUUGACAAUAGCCCAUCGACUAAGUACCAUACGUAAUGCUAAUACAAUAGCUGUAUUAGAUAAUGGACAAGUUGCCGAACAAGGCACCUAUGACGAACUUAUUACACGAGAUAGUGGGACAUUUAAGGAAUUAGUAAAAAAGCAAGCUUUCCUAAUGAAUACAUGAUAGCACAACUAAA